ACAGUUUGUAGCGUGCAUGAGAGGGUAGCUGGACGUAGCACAACUCAAGUCCCAGGCUUUAGCUUGAUUGCAGAAUGUGGCUGGAUUCAUCAAAAGACUAAUGGGGGAGGCUUUAUUGCCUUCCAAAUUUUAACAGUUAUAAGUGUCAUUCCUGUUUUGUUCUUUGUCUGUUGUUCAGUAAUAGGUUUUCUUAAUUACUGGUAGCAAAUGUAGAUAGAAAUUGGCACACAAAGACACUAUAUGGAUAACAACCAAUAUUUAUCCAUAACCAGUUAUUUUACACAUGUAUAUUUAUAAAAGUCCCACUCUCACUACUUGACUUCUCACUUUGAUAUGCUUAUCAUGGUUGGAAUUUGGAAAAGGAAAAUAUAAUAUGGAUACUGUUCAAAAUGAGUAGUUAUGAAACUUUCUAGUAUUAUUCUGUUCAAUAUGAUUUGUAAUACUUUAAAUCCUUUUGAUAAUUUACUUUAAAAAAUAGUUGUUCCAAUCCUGCAAUUUUAUCCAAGCAUAUGGAGCCCUAUGGAUCCACUUUCAGGUCUCCAGGAUCUAUAUUGUGCCAUUGUUCAGUAAAUAAAGAUCUGACCAUAAAUCAGCAUUUAUGGACUUACAUCUAUUUAAUCUUCAGAGUGCUUUCUUAUGUAGGAGGUUAUGUAAGAUAUCCUGUUACCUUUUUAUGCAUGUUUAAUGCAAAAUUUACAAUGUUAUACAUACUGUAUAAGGUGCAAUUUAUUAAGAUUUUAGAUUAUUAGAAAUACUAAUAUUUACAAAAGGAAAUGAUGAAAGUUGGAUCUUUUUCAUUCACUUGAAUGAAACACUUUUACUUUAAAACCAAAAAUCUUGUUAAAUCCAUGUAGUUGGUGAGGUGAAAAUAUUCUUCAGGUCAUAAUCAUUGAAAGCCAUAUAAUUAAGGGGAAAAACUAGGCAAAAUUGGGAUUCAAUAGCAAUAGGCUUGUUGAAAACAAGGCUUCUUGAGUGAGUGAAGUUGGAGUUUGCAGGAUCAGACAAAACUUAGUGAUAGAGCUGAAUCCAUGUUUUAACAAAUAAGGAGACACCUGGAUUUAAACUCAGGAUGCUGGUUCCCUUGGUACUGUGUGCAACUCUCAUGAUAGGAAGUGGUGAAAUUCAAGGUGAUGAAUGGAUUGACCCCACAGAUAUGCUCAAUUAUGAUGCAGCUUCAGGAACAAUGAGAAGACCUGGCAAGGUUAAAAAAAGUGUAAAUUAUGAUGACUCUGAGAAUAGGGAGGCACCAGAUGCCGUUGUGAACUUGCCAAGCACUGCAGCAGUAUCAGAGUGCCAUAGGAAAUUAGAAUCCUUAAUUCAGAAGAUUGAAGAGUAUGAGAAGAAAGAGAAGACCAAGUUAAGUGAAAGCCAUAGCAUUUAUGUUUUUAGGAGAUACUUGAAUAAGAUUUUAAUUGAAGCUGGAAGACUUGGCCUUCCUGAUGAAAACAUUGGUGAUGUGCAUUAUGAUGCUGAGAUCAUCCUUACAAGUCAGGCUCUUUUGGAGAUCAACAGAUUUCUCAAUGAGGAGGACUGGAAAUCAGGCGCUUUGGAUGAGGCAGUUAGUGAUAUUCUGAUUAAUUUUAAACAUCAUGAUUAUGAAGCUUGGAAAUGGAGGUUUGAGGACACUUUUGGAGUUGAUCCAUAUAAUUUGCUUAUGGUACUCUUGUGUUUGGUGUGCAUUACAGUAACUGUAGCUACUGAGCUAUGGACACACAUUGGUUGGUGUACUCAAGUAAAACGCAUUUUAUUCAUCAGUUUUCUCAUCAGUUGUGGAUGGAACUGGAUCUACUUAUAUAAGAUAGCCUUUGCACAGCAUCAAGCUGAAGUGGCCAAAAUGGGAAAUUAUGACACAGUAUGUGAUAAGAAGAUAGACUGGAGUGAGAGUCUUUUUGAAUGGUUUAGAAGUUCAUGGACAUUCCAGGAUGAUCCUUGUCAGAAGUACUAUGAAACGAUACUAGUAAAUCCCAUUUGGCUAGUCCCCCCAACAAAGGUAUUGGCUGUUACAUUUACCAAUUUUGUAACAGAACCAUUGAAACAUAUAGGGCAAGGAAUUGGUGAAUUUAUUAAAGCCCUUAUGAAGGAGAUACCAAUGAUGCUACAGAUUCCAGUGUUAAUCAUCCUAGCUGUGGCUGUUCUGGGUUUCUGCUAUGGUGCAGGAAGAUCAGUUGCUACACUAAUACAUUUAACAGGUCCUGAGCGGAAACCACCUCCUUCACUUCCUCCAAGUGACAGGCCACACUGGGAACAAAUAAAUUAUAGUGCAGGUGAUUCAGAUGCCAAUUACAGAAGGAAUGUUGGUGCCCUCAGUGGAGGACCUCAUGACAGAGGAGAUGAUCACAUGAGACUUCAAAAUGGCAACAGAAGCUCUGAAGUUCUGCUGCCAGGUGGUACACCAAAUGCACGAAGAGAAGAGCAUCACAAGUGUGGAUUGCACCCUGUGUCUCAAGAUCAAACAAUUUUUAGAGUGAAAACCAAUGUAGAUGAAAACCGUGAUAGAGAGAUUGCACCUGAAGAGCAGAAACUGUGCACACUUGGAGUUGAACAAGAGUCUGAAAAGAAUUGUGAACCUCAAGCAAGUUGUAGCUUAAAAAAGGAGAAAACAAAUAAGCAAAACUCAAUUGAUAAAACAGGAGAUCAGGAAAAGACGGAGAAGGGCAGUUUACCUCGAUUAAUGGAAGGCACAGAGGAAACUAAAGAAUCUUUGAACUCUACUGGUUUGUGCUAUGAUGCAGGAAAAUCGGUUGCUACAUUAAGAGAUUUUAAAAGUCCUGAGCAGGAACCAUCUCCUUCAUUUCUUCCAAGUGACAGACAGCACUGGCAACAAAUAAAUUAUAGUGCAGGUGAUUCAGAUGCCAAUUACAGAGGGAAUGUUGGUCCCCUCAGUGGAGGACCUUAUGACAGAGGAGAUGCUCUGAGAGAGAGCGAUGAUCACAUGCGACUUCAAAAUGGCUACAGAAGUCCUGAAGUUGUGCCGGCCAGUGAUGUACCAAAUGCACAAAGAGAAGAGCAUCACAAGGAACAAAGUCAGCAGCCUACUAUUGAAGAUCUUCCAGGACCCCCUUAGUUCCCUGAUUUUAUCUUUCUGAUGCAGUGGAACGCCAGUGUAGAUGAAAGUGCAGCAAUUAAAGAAAUUUAUCAAUGCCAGUUGGCAAGUGAGACACUAGCUACGGCUUGCCCCUUAAUCAAGAAGACUGGAUUCCUAGCAAAUUCUCAUCCUUCAGAUUUUUGCUCCUUAUGGAUCAAUACUCUCCCUAUGAAGCUGUUUAUAAAAGUCUUGUGAUGGAGAACUGGUAACUGUAUGUAUUUCAAAAUAAACCAAGCCUGGUUGUAAAGCAAGAGCUUAUUUUUGCAUUUAAAUAAAGUAACUUUUAAAGAAAA